GGAGGUAAACAAGUUCGAAACCGUUGAAGUAGAGAAGUCAGAAGAAGAGUUGAUACGCAAGCCAGGACAAAAUAUCUUUUUUAAAAUGUCGUUCAAGCCAUGUUUGGGAGACACGUGGGCCGAGAACACAUUAGAGCGAGCUUCAAGGGUAGGGCAGGAAGUGCUAGAAAGAACCAGGGCAAGGAAGGUGGAGUGGCCAUCACACAAGCAGUAUGGAAACAACCCUGUACAGGACCCACAUGUACACACAUCACUGGAUGAUGCCCUGGCCAGUAUACUGCACUACAUGUCUGUGACAACCAAGAACUGCAAGCGUUACUACAACAGCACUGGUGGAUCUCAACGGAGUGCUUCAGACAACCUCCACUGCAACAGAUUCCACACCCCAACGUACACCGCAGCACACAAGACAAACCCACUUCAAAGGACGGAGGAUGUGCACAUCUUGGUACAACCAGGAACCUAUGCCGUAUCAGCCGGUGCCUGGGGAACACAGUACCAGCAGAAGCAUGUUGUCCACGUCCGAGAGGGAAACACCGUCAACAUGGACUUCGUGUUAUGACAGCAUGUAUAACCUCGGGAAGUCAUGCUUUAAAUACAUGUUAUGCUAGUCAUAUUAUUAAUUGUCAAACUACAUCAUGAUAUGAAACACACGUUGUUGUUUUUAUCAUGUUAAUGACGUCAACAUUGAAGUUUUAUAUCCUGUUACAUUGAUAUUAUGUAACUUGCCAAAAUAUUAUUGCCAAAUGAUUGGCUUCCAUGCUAUUCCCAGUUCUUCCUUUGUUGACUUGCCACCUAUGCUGUCUCAGUUCUACCAAUACAUUGAGCAAUAUUUGAGGGUUAUUUUAAGGAACUACACUUCCAGUUUGGACACAGAAAAUAUUCCAUAUUUUCCAUAUUCAGAACAAUCUACGUUAACUUCAGACUAUUUUAAGUGUAAUGAAUUGUUUACUCUUUUUAUACUUUCAUUUUAUGAAUAACAAGGUGGGAGAUUUAAUUAUAAAAAAUCUCUUUCAACAUGGUGGCAAUAUUUAUUGCUUACAAUUUUCAUUGAAUCUAUCAUAUAAUUAUCAUACUGUCACAGGUUUUUAACUUUAUGAUAAUUAGAAGAAAUCAGUAAACUUUAGAAUUGUGUUUAUGUGAUUCAGGAUCAUUAUGCUAGUCAAUCCCAUUACUUAAAUACAAUACCUCUCUGAUGAUCUCUGGAUACAGAUUGGGGCAGUGGGGUAGCCUAAUGAUUAAAGCAUUCACUUGUCACACCGAACCUGCUUGCUUAUUGGCUCUAGAACCUGCUGUGUCUGGUACCUUUAUAUGUGUACAGUGGACACAGAGAAACUAUACAUUGUGUCCUGACACACCAACAUUCACACUGUCGACAUAUUUUUGUUAUGAAUUGAAUCAUGAAAACUUGAAGUAUAGUCCACUACACUAUUUCAGUACUUACAAGACUCAUAUUUCUUUUAUGAGUGUCUGCUUAUUAAAUUAGUAACUGGAUGUUCUCUAGACCUCUAGUUUUCUAGUUCAAUGUAAAACACUGCUCACUCAUCCUAUAUUAAACAUAAAAUGUUUGUUCAGGAUUGCUAGACUCGGUUGUCCUUGCAGAGAGGUAUUGUGAUCUCAUAUGAUUUGUGUGCUACUCCAAAUUAUGACAAUCAAACUGACUACCCAAAGAAGUGUUUCUUUGUAGAUUUGUGGUGUUUGAGUACCAGUAUAUGCAUGGGUGUUCCAGUUGUCGUUAACACAGAGAUGGAGUGAUCAUGAUGGCAGGUAAUUAGAAAGAUGGGUUUUUUAUUUGUCUCUAAUCAUGCCAGUUUUGUCAGCUGAACAAUGAAUAUUUAGUUACAACUGCCCAAACUUGUUUUAGAGAAAGGUUCCAGAAUGUCUGGUAAUGAACAGGUAGUGGGGAGUAGGUUUCAAGGAAUGUAGGAAUUGUUUCUUGAGAAGUCAUAAACCUUUCAAUAUUUCCUAAUGAAACUUGUAAGCACAUCAGAUCUCUUGCAUCAUUUUGUAAUGUGUUGUCAAUAUUUAAACUGUUCGACAAAUUCUGCUAAAUGAAGUUCUGAAGGUAUGGCUGGAAGGUAUAGAAUGCAAUUAGGACUGGUAGGAAUUGUGUUACUGUAGACAGUUGACUCCAGUCAACUUAAGUCACCUGUACUUAUGAGCUUUGAACUAACCACAGUUUUGAUUGGUUUAAAAAUAAUCAGAUAUAUUGUGUAGCCAUUCAUAUGAUAUAUUUUGUGAUUUUAUUAACACAAGAGAGAGAGAGACAAGGAUAAUUUUUGCCUUUUUGUGCCACUUAGUCAUAUCUUUCAUUCUCCUGAUGAGGUUCAAAGGUAGGUGCUUAAUAGGUUGUAAAAUGUAAUCUUGUUUGUUGUCAGUACUGGAGUUUUCAGAUUAAUCAACUAUUAUCGGAAAGCAGUGCUAUGAUGAGUUAAUUAGUCUGCUUUACAAAAGCUGUACUGGGCCAUGUCACGAAGUAGUCAUAGCACUAACGUGAUCUUAACUUUCAUACUUUAAUAUAGGCUUGUAACAGUCGUAGCUCUAAGGCAGUCGUAACUCCCAUACUUUAACAUAGGCUUGCAACAGUAGUUUCCAACUUUCCAGUAUACAUCUUGAAGCCAGCUUACUAUAUCUUAGGUUUCCAGGACUGUUUCACCGUGUGCAAUAAUUAUUGAGGGGCAACUGCAAACAUGGUAAAUCAGUUGUGUGUAUUUUUUAUCUUUUAAUAAGAUGUUUUCUAAGACGUGCAAUAAAUAUUCUUCCUAUUGUGUAGAUAGUUUUGUGUUGAAAUAUGUGCCUGUUGAAAAUAUUGAGCAUCAUAUUUUAACAUCACCCUGUCAGCAAUGUCGCACAUAUUUUGCAGUGAUUGUGGUGCUAAGAAACAUGGUGCUUCGCUUUUUCCGCUAUUUUUAAAAUUUAGGUUAAUUUCAUACUCGAACAAUAUUUUGCAGGAGAAAAGCGCAAGUUACAUAAGCUUGCUGCUUUUGCAUUGAACGCUAGUCACAUACUCACCAUGCAAUGCUUGGAUAUUCCAAUUCUCAUUGUUAUAAUGACGUACAAAAGAAAGUACACACCUGAUGCUUUGGUAAAAUGUUUUCCCGAAAACAGCGUAAUAUUUAGACAAGUGUUUUGAUUGCGACUCACAAACAUUGUGUACGUGUUGCAAUAACACCAUAG